GUCAUCAAUAAUGAACCAUAAUAGUUAGCCUAUAUAUUUUAUAUCUGUUUCAUCUCUUCCAUUUCAAUGGGGGGCUAUAAGCUUUCGACUAGACUACUAGCGCUACAUCUUGGGCGGGAAUGUAUUCUUCUGUGAUUGGUCAAUCCUUUUCAAGUCUGAGUCGGCCAAUGAGCACGGACCUCACUGACUAUAUAGGCCGGCGUGCUUGUAGAAGCAUUAUACUUUGAAUUUCACCAGAAUUUAAAUCAAUAUGUCUGGAAGAGGCAAAACCGGCGGAAAAGCAAGGGCCAAGGCCAAGACCCGCUCAUCCCGUGCCGGACUCCAGUUCCCCGUCGGUCGUGUGCACAGGCUUCUCCGCAAAGGCAACUAUGCUCAUCGCGUCGGUGCCGGAGCUCCCGUCUACCUGGCGGCGGUGCUCGAGUACCUGACCGCUGAGAUCCUGGAGUUGGCUGGAAACGCCGCCCGCGACAACAAGAAGACCCGCAUCAUCCCUCGCCACCUGCAGCUGGCCGUCCGCAACGACGAGGAGCUCAACAAACUCCUCGGUGGCGUGACCAUCGCCCAGGGCGGUGUGCUGCCCAACAUCCAGGCCGUUCUUCUGCCCAAGAAGACCGAGAAGCCCGCCAAGAAGUAAACCACCAACCUGCCUUCAGAACCCAAAGGCUCUUUUAAGAGCCACUCAAAUGUUCCCUAAAGUGCUACUUUCCUGUUUCUGAUUAAUAUCUUUAUGAGCGAGAAGGCAGUCCACACUGUUAAAAUAAAGUUUAUAAGGGCGA